CUAAAUCUUGUUAUUUAGGAAGCCUUACCAAAAGAGCACAACUUUUUAACUAAACUGACAACACUCUCUCUAAGAGUUGGAGAAAAUGAACUCUACGUGGUUCAUAAUUUUCCAGAUACUGUUCUCCCAUUUCUACUCAGGAAUGCGCCGAUAAAAGAACUUCUCUUGACGAUGAGAUCUCAUAUAAUCACGGAUAGUUUUGUUGUUAAACUAUUUGAGUCCUGCAAUUUAGAAGGUUUAGAGAAGCUGCUGUUACUAGUUCCAGGAGUGAAUUCAAUACCAGGAAUCCUACGUUUAACAGAGCGAACUGUUGAGUAUGUGUUGAACAACUGUAAAGGCCUGAAGAAACUAGGGAAUCUACUAACUUGGAGCCUUGGAAACCAUAACAUGAACAUUUGUGAACUGGUUGAGCCCGUGCGAGUCCCUGAGCUCAUGAUCAAGAUUAAGGAAAGAAAUUGGGAUCUUAACAUCAUCAAUAAGAAGAUGACAAUGAGAUGAUUUAUAAUUAAGAUUAAUAUACAAAAAGGUUGAACAAUGAACAUUAUCAACAAUAAAAUAGCAUUGAUAUAGUUCUUGACUAAGAUUAAUAAACUAGGAUCUCAACACUGUUAGCAAGAUCUAUGAUAUGAUCUAUGAUAAAGAUUAAAAAUUUGAAGCUACAUGUCAAUGUGAUGUUUUGUCGUUUCCUUGGUGUAUACUUUAUUUAGCAAAAAUAACGCUAGAAAGAAUGUCGUAACGCCAAAAAAAAAGCCAUCAUCAAUCAAUAAGAAAAUGAAUUAUGAUUGAAGGAAAGAAGUCUGACAAUGCUAGUAUGUUGUAUUACAAAAUGUACAUUUACUUGAUACUAUUUUUUCUUAUUUUUUAAAAAAAAAUAUAAAUUUUUCA